UGCAAACCACAGAUUAGGUAUAAGAUAGACAGAUAAUCUUAUGACUAAUCGUGUCUCGCGAUCUGAAAUACCGACGUCGUUGUCUAAAAGAUCUAUCUUAUCUGUACCAGCUGUUCACACACGAAUGAAUGAACAAUCCACGUGCUUCGUAUUGUGAAGUAUGGUUAUUUUGUGUAUAUGUCAAAUACUUUUCAACGUGAUCUACCAAAGACGUAGAUAUCACGUGUAGGUUCAGUGAACGGUUCUAAAUUUUGCCGAUUUCAAUACUCAUCUGUUUAUGUCAUCAGUUUUUUGCGUUAGAGGUAGAUAAUAAAUGUAAUUUUAAUACGUAACGUUGAAAAUUACGAUAAUUUAUAAAUUAGUUAGUAAUAAUAAUGACGAUUUCUACGAGCACGUGGAAUGUUCUUAAAAUGUACCGAAAAUUAGUAACAAAAUACCCUCUGAUCACUCAGGCUACACAAGCUGGUACGUUGAUGGCACUGGGAGAUCAAAUUGCACAGAAUUUAGUUGAACAGAAAAAACUGAAAGACUUAGAUUUUAUACGAACCGCUCAAUUUGGGGGUAUAGGCUUUUUUAUUGCUGGACCUGUAACACGAACUUGGUAUGGAAUAUUAGAUAAAUACAUUGGUUCAAAAGGAGGAGUUGUAGCAUUAAAAAAAGUCUGUUGUGAUCAAUUAAUAUUUGCUCCUAUAUUCAUUGGAGUUUUAUUAACAGUAAUUGGUAUUUUACAACAAAAUGAUUUAGAAAGUUUGAAAAUGAAAUUACGAGACCAAUACCUUGAUAUUUUGAAGAAUAAUUACAAGCUCUGGCCUACAGUACAACUAAUUAACUUUUACUUCAUACCUUUACAAUAUCAAGUUUUAAUAGUACAGUCAGUAGCUCUACUAUGGAAUAGCUACAUUUCAUAUAGGACAAGUUUAGGAAAGUAG